UUUAUAUGCUCUCGAAUUGAGUGGUAGAAGUAUGCUGGAUAAUUGUGUUGACAUUUGUUUUGCACACGACGGCCCUAAUUUAUAUGCUCUCGGCUUCAUCUUGCAAUCACUCUUUCAAUUCUUCACUCCCGUUAUGAUUACAUUUAGAUCCUAAAAGGUUGGCCCGACUGGUACUUCCCGUAAUACUCGACCUUCCCGGAUCCGGAUGUUGGCUUACGCGAGCCAAAAGUCAAAUCAGCCGAUCCGACACCGCUCAAGUCAAGCAAAGUCUCCUUCUAAGACACAGUCGCUGCAUACUCUCCUAGAUAUUUUCUCCUUCUACUCUCAGAUAAUCACUAGUAUUUGGCUUAUCCUGCAUCUUCGCGACAACCCAAAACCCAUCAUGAAUACCAGUCAGCCAAAGGCCCCAUACAAAAGGAACAUGACGGAUAAGCGCCGCGACCAAAAUCGUGCUGCACAAAGAAAAUAUCGAGCAAAACGCAAACAACAAGUGGCCCAUCUAGAGGAACAAGUCAGCGCAUUGAGAGAGAAGACCCAGGAGAGGGAGCAGGAUGAAGGGGGUCCACACGGGAAUAACACAGAAGAAAUUCGGAACAACAUUACACCUUCUGGGAACAUUGCAUCAAACACUGGUACAGCGAGCAGUACCGCCAUAUUGCCCGAAUCGGGAUCUAAUGAAACUUCCCAAAACUCGAAUAUGACUGUAUUGAUGCGAUUGCUUGCUGCCGACAGUGAGAAUGACGCGGAGUCUUUGAUGCGGUUCGCAUUACGAGAGCAAUUCGACGUGAGCAAAGUCAUCAUCGCUGGCUUACGAGCACUCAAAGCAGAGAGCGAGCGUACAUCAAUUCAGCCUUUCACCCAAGACGGAGUGGAUUGGCGUCCCGAACUAUGGCCACCCGCAAUCUCUCAAAAUAUCGGCACAUCCAUCAUGCCGGACCCUCUACUCAACGGCAUCCUACUCCGUCGUCAAGCGCCACUGGAGUGCUUCUAUCACAACUGUCGACAAAUCGGCCUCGCGUUCGAGGAAAUGGCGCUACCGACCUGCAGAUCACCUUGGUACUCUCCAAUGUACGCGCCUGGAGCGGAGCUCCUUCAGCUCGAUGGAGUUCCGCCUGAUCUUAAACCCACACCGGCUCAAUUGACCAUCGCGCACCAUCCUUUCUGGGAUACGAUACCGUUCCCUUGGAUUAGGGAACGUAUCAUCACACUCAGUGCACGAAAUCCGCCGCCUUUCCAAUGGCAUGAGUUGAAGCAAGAUAUACUGCUCGGCGGUAUGGUAUGUUGGAGAUCUCGGGCUAGAGAAGAAGGGUUGCCUUGGGACAGAAGAAGCUGGGAGGUCCGACCAUGGUUCCGACAUAAAUGGGGAUGGUUGAUCGAAGAGCAGGGUAAGGUGGAGCAGCAGUCGAAAUGGUGGAGAGCAAUGCAAGGUCAAGAUCACUGAUUGCACGCCCGGUAUGGUCAACAAAUCUGCUUGGCUUA